GGGGAAUACGUGUGGAAGCAACAUGUCGGGAUCCUCCACCCCGUAUGGAUGCUGCCUAUUGCAAACAAUAUGGCCACUUCAUCGCCCGGUGCCCUCUGCUUGGCCGGGUUGAUGGCUGGAUCUCUGGAACAUCGAUUGGCCAACCUCCAGUUUUGAACCCUCAAUACGCGCCAAGUGCUCCCCCGCUGGCGGCCCUGGCGCAGCAGGUUGUGAACACAACACCAUCCGCUGGAGCAUCUAGCUCCAACUCGAGAUCGCCUUCACCUGCUCCGACGGUCUCCAACGCGAUCAUGCCGUAUCAACCAAGGACCACUAAUGGGCAGUUUGGUGGCGGUGGCGGUUGGAACAAUCAGUUUAGAGGCAACCAAGGUGAGAUCGCUUCGUUGCACCGAGAACUGGUGAACAGCGACCGAGAGAAGAGAGAGAAACGGAGGGAGUUCGAGGAGAAGAAGCUGAAAGAAGAGCAACUAGCCAAGUUCAAGGAAGAAGAGGAAAAGAGGCGGGACGAUGAGGCGAAGAAGGAAGCGGUUAAAGAAGUUCGCUCGGCAAAGCUGUUCGCCGAACAGUUCGCAACCAUGAGUAAGAAGAAGGGUGAAGAAGUCGACCCCAAGCGCGAUCCUGCAAAAGGCAAAGAAAAGGAGGACGAAAGGAGUGUCGAUGCUAGACCGAAGGUCAAGGACGGAGGCAUCAGGAUUAGCAACGACGAUAUGAAGAAGCGUGGUCAAGAGGUGCUUCAAGGCGGUUCCCCUGUGCAACCCGAUGCUGGACGACAGACGACCCAGCCGGAACCCACGAUCAGUCCUCUUAAUGUCGGACUCCUGGUGAUGAGCUUCAACAGGCUUAAACGCGAUCAAGACUCAUUUCAGAGGAACCAGAAAUCUAUGCUUCAUCGCAUGGUGUCAUCUUUCUGGGGGGAACGUUUCGAUCGGGCCAAGGAGGCGUCGUCAGUGGGUAGGAGUUCUUUCCGCGGACGGGAUUUUACAUCUGUUCAUGUUAUUCGACUGCACGGAUCGACCGGUCUCGGGUUCGAUCGAGUACGUGAAGGCAAGAAGGCGGUUGUGGCUUCCACUGGGGUAGCGGCACAAAAACGAUACCUGGAAGACAUGACGAAGGAACUCAUUAAGGAGUACAAGGCUGACUUGGAGAUUCUUUGCCAGAAGGACAACAUCAAAUACGUCAAUAAGAAGCAGGCAGCGAGCGAACUUGCGGAACUUCGUACCCGUGACGCCUACGGUGAAGCUGACUCGGAAGAGAAGGACGACGAGGAUCUGAUCAACGCCGUUACGUCUGAGGAGCAAGAGGAGAAUCCCUCCUGACGUCUUUCUGUGACACGGGUUGGCUUUGGCGCCAAGCCCAUGCCACCAUGACAGCGAGAAGAGAGAUGGGUAUGAAGGGUGGCAAGCUUUAGCAGU